GAAAUGAAUUUGCGAGAAUAGGUCGCAGGUCGCAUAGAUUUUUUGGUUGAGUUUAUUAUAACUUUGCGUUUACUGAUUAUGGUCUAAUAAAGUUACGUUCUUUUAUAUUUCUGCUUACAUUUUGAUUAGAAAGACUAGGUAAAGCAUACCCGUAAACACGAUAAGUCUAUGUACGAUUGGUCAGCACUCAGCAUCUUAUCGAUUUUCUUUACUUGCUUAGGCUCUAGCCAACGCGAACCGAACUUAUUCUCUCGAACGAUAAAUCUGUGAAUUAAAUCGAAUAUACUGUGUGAAAGGUGUACGCUAUUCAACUUGUGCUAUUUAAUCUAAUUUUGUGUAAAAAUUCACGUAAAAAUGAUGGCCAAUGCAAUGGACACAGUAAACUCCAAUCAGCCUACGCAAAAUGGAAGUAAAUUACAGCCUUGCCAUAAUGAGUCCAAGACGAAUUUGAUAGUUAACUAUUUGCCACAAACUAUGACGCAGGAAGAGAUAAGGUCUUUAUUUUCAAGUGUGGGUGAAGUAGAAAGCUGCAAGCUAAUAAGAGAUAAAGUGACCGUGUUUCCGGAUCAUAUUCUUAAUGGUCAGAGUUUAGGCUAUGCUUUUGUUAAUUAUCACAAAGCUGAAGAUGCUGAGAAAGCUGUGAAUACACUAAAUGGUCUUCGUUUGCAAAAUAAGAUAAUAAAGGUGUCUUAUGCCCGUCCCAGUUCAGAUGCAAUCAAAGGAGCUAACUUGUAUGUGUCAGGCCUCCCUAAACAUAUGACUCAACAAGAGCUAGAGAAACUCUUCAGUCCAUUCGGCUCAAUUAUCAGCUCACGCAUACUUCAUGAGAAUGUCAAUGUCAGUCACUUGAUGCAAGGUGGACUUGAUGAGCAGACGCUGCAAGGGCCUUCCAGAGGAGUGGCUUUCAUUCGCUACGAUCAGAGGUGUGAAGCUGAGGCGGCUAUUCGUGAACUCAAUGGAACUGUGCCACCAGGUGGGAGUGGGCCGAUGACGGUUAAAUGUGCCAAUAAUCCCAGCAAUCAGAACAAAGCUCUUGCUCCUUUGGCUGCAUAUUUGGCUCCUACAUCGGCUCGACGAUUCAUUGGACCUGCUGGUAAGGCCUUGCUUGCUAUUAAUAAAGGUUUGCAGAGAUACUCACCUUUAGCUGAUCCUCUUAUACAAGGUAAUGCGCUUGGUGGUUCUGGAUGGUGCAUCUUUGUUUACAACAUCGGGGCUGACACUGAAGAGAGUGUAUUAUGGCAGCUGUUUGGUCCGUUUGGGGCUGUUCAGAGUGUUAAAAUAAUCAGAGAUCCAGCAACUAACAAAUGUAAAGGCUAUGGUUUUGUCACCAUGACAAACUAUGAUGAAGCAGUUGUCGCCAUUCAGUCAUUGAACGGCUAUUCACUGAAUGGUCAAGUGCUGCAGGUCAGCUUCAAAACCAAUAAGAGUAAAUCAUAAGUGUCUGAUAACCUAGUCAAUAAAUUGUAGCUAAUGCAAAAAUGUUGAUUGCACCUGUCAUGGUUUGUAAUCAGAAAUUUUAGUAUUUAUAUUUAGUAAUGAUACAAAUCAUGACAAGACAGUUUUGUAUCAGUGUUCAGGCAGUACAAAUUACUUGUUGCAAGUAUUACAUCCUGACUAACCCAUUUAACAUUUGUAUCCAACUUAAAACUAUUUUGUACCGAAUGCUCAUUGGAGGCAUGAUUAAUGUGAAACAUUUCUAAUGUCUUACAAGAUUUUUUAUUUAGCAAUAGUUUUUCUAAGUGAAAAAAAUUAGGCAAAUAUGGCUUACACUAGCAAAAAGCUGUCAAAAAAAUAUAAAAUGAAUCAAUUUGUUUUUCAAAUUGCUUUCCUAUUUGUUGUUACUUCAAUGAGCAAAAUUAUAGCACGGAUGUUGAUAUUUAUAAUCAAAAUGAAUCAAUAACUGAUGUUAUUAAAUCGUUUGAUUGAUGUGAAUUAAUUUAAAAAAUUUAUGAUUUUAAAAUCACAUUCUUAUAUUUUGUUCUUAGGAAACAGACACGGACAUACAAUUUAUAUUUUAAAAUAAGACAGAUCUUUUAUGAAAAUUUCCAAUGUAAGCAAUAUUAUAAUAUUUUACUAUUUUAACAAAGGUUAAUAAUUGACAGUGCAAUAUAAAUUUUUACUGUAAUUGAUACAGAAAACAAAUUAUAAAACCUAUAAUGUAUAUUACAAAAGUGUGCAAUUAUAAAUUUAUUUAUGAAAAUCCUGCUAUUUAUGUAUAUUAUUUUUACCUUUAAGAUAUAAUAUAUCUAAAACGAUACACACAUAUACAUAAUAUACCUACCUACACUCAACCAAAGAUAGUCUUGCUAGAUAAUUAGCAAAAUAUCUUCCAUGUAAUUUUUCUCUAUAUGUAAUAGGUAUUGUCCUAUUUAUAAGUAUUCACAUUAAUUAUUUUUAAUAGUAAGAUACAGGGUUGGCCUGCAUUUUUCAUGAAUUAUGGUGGCUUGAUAGUGGCAUUUUGUGGGUUAAAAAGGGUGGCUAAUCUCUUGCCAUGGCUUUCUAAAACUCAUACAAGAGCAACAACAAUGAGUGGUCCAUUGAGACUUGUCUUAAUAUCUCUUUCUAGAACAAAAGGAAACUUUGAUUGCUACCUUAAAGACCUGAAAGUAUCAAAUCAUGGUUUUGUAAUUAAAUAACAUGAUGAGGUUGAUAUGACGUUAUUCCAAUCAUAUAUCUUGUAUUAGUUUUUCUCAUUAAGACCACAGUAAAGUUGGCCAACCAUGGUAUUAAUUUAGUAGUAAAAUAUCAGGAACUAAGUGACUGUUGCACAAAAUCUUAAGUAAACAAUUAAAAAAAUCAUUGUGUUUAUGUGAAAUUUUUUGUAGUUUAUAUUCAUUUCCUUUUACUCAAACUUGACUAAUUCAAAAAAGUGAAUCUUAAAUCCAUGACAAAUUAUAAUACUUGAGAGUAUAUUGAUUUAAAAAUUAUGAAACAUAUUAAAAAUUAAAUCAAAACUCAACUUCUUAUACAUAUUUGGAAACUAAUUACAUAACUUCAAUCAAAAAAAAUGUAAUAAGAUUUAACAAAUUGAUCGACAUUGUAACAAAAGAUGGUUACAAACCUGUUACAAGUAUCCAUAUGACAUUGUAUCUUUUAAUUUGUUUAUUUAAUCACUAUUUAUUAUUAUUAAUAAUAGGUAAUCUAUAACUAAUAAUUUAUUAUUGUAGGCUAUAGAUAUUAGUUUUCUUUUCAUAAGACUUUAUGUACUUAGUGUAAGAUUGAAAUUAGUUCUUUAUAAUCUCGAUAAUUCAAUAUAAAUUUGUGACUAUUUAACCAAUUUUAUACAUAUAAUAUGUUUGUAGUUUCUUCCGCUAUGUAGUUAAAUUUUAUAGAACAAUGUGAAUGCAUAUCAUAAUGUAAACAAGCUAGUAUUUAAAAACCAAUUCAUUAUGGCAAAACAUUUUAAGUACAUCUCAUCUACUUAAGUACUUACGUAAGCAGAAGUGCUACAUGGUAACUGAUAAUAAUUAAAUCAAUAUAUCAAAGAACAUAAUUAUUGUUGUAUAAAUUUGAAGCAACAAUAAUUGUUUAUUGUAACUUAAAAUGAUAAAUAUAAAAGCUGAAAUAUGUUCAAAACCGAUUUAUAAUUGCGACAACUGAUUUUACCAAGUAAUUGUACUUAUACUUUUGACAUUGCCAGUUUAAAUCAGUUAAUGUAUUUGUACACAGCAGCAUUUGCAGAUUAUCCUAGUAAUAAUAAUAGGCUGAGACUAUUCUAGUUAUAUAAGUACUCUCUCGACUCUCCAUAGCAAUAGACAUUUUUGGUUUAUAAAUACUAGUGUACAAAUGAUAUUCAGUGUUCAUUUCUUGAUAUCACAAUGGGGGCUUGUACAAUGCAUUUGAUAAGUAAGGUUAAUUUCUAAAGUUAAGGAUAAAUUUGUUAAGGUUUAUUUAUUGAAAGUACUUAUAACUACACGGAACUAGUCACAUAAUAAUUUGCCCAAUGUUAAGUCUUUAAGUACCUACUUAUGCUUAAGUAUUUAUAAAAUUCUGUGUUCUAUAAUUUAAAUGUAGUAUAGGGUUUUCGUUUAAUGUUGGUGUGGUGUUUGUUUUUGUAGUUUAAUUGAAAAUAUAUGUGAAAUAGUAAGAAAUGAUGUGUAUUUACUAGUCACAGGUGUAUUAUGGAGGCACAAAGAGACUAAACUCAGAGUUGGUGUGUUUGGAAUUAAGCUCUUCUACAAAUAUGUGCUCGCUACAUUAUAUAGUCUGGCAACUGGCACAAAUUGCUCACUGCAUAAUGAAAAAUACAAAUAAUUACUUGAAUUGAUUCAUAAGUAAACACAUUAUAAACAAUUUCUCCAUACUUUGUAUGUGCUCCAUAUUCUAAUGUCUAUGAUAAAAUGGUAAUAAGUUAUUUCUCGCUGAUGUAAAGUAUGUAUUGCAACUUUGAAUAAUCACAGACAUGUUUUAAUUAACUGCUAUGUUUGACUUUACCACACUUAAAUAGAUAAAUAAAUAGCAGGGUAAUUAAAGAAUUUGCUAAUACUAACUGAUAGCAUAAGGAUGGACUUAUAAUAUUGCAAUGCUCAUCUCAGUUCAAACAAAACUUAAUUUUUUCUUGAAAUCUUCAAAAUAUGUAAUCAAUCACUAAUAAUAUUAGAUUUAAACAGAUUUUAAAGGAAAUAGCAUUUCAAUGAAGUUCCUAGGGGUUUGGUUAAGAGGACUACUAUAAAGCUAAAGCUAGAUUUUCUAAAGAGUUGCUGAAAUAUACUAAAAUAUUACAAGGAAAUAGAUAUAACAUUGAGAAUUUAUUUGAAAUAUAACCACUUAUUACAUUAAAUAAUGAAACAGCUACUUUUCAUUCACAGUGUAUCUAUCAUAAUAUCUUUCAUUAGAGGUAUUUUGCACCAAUUUGGAAUCCCUAUGACAUCUUUUGUUUACUAACAAAAAGAAAAACUUAAAAAAUCUUAAAGCAGUGAUGCCUUGAUAAUAUACACAAAAGCUGAAUCAAUUUCUAGAUUAACAUGACAAAAUAAUUCUGUUUGAUACCAUUGUGGUACCCAAAAAAAUACAGUUUGUGUUUAAAAUAGGACUUAGAGCAUUCUUAAAAAAUGGAGGCUGAAAUGAAUCUUUUUACCUAAUAACUAAUUUAUUUUAUUGUAUAUAUAAAAGAAAAGGUUGCGUGGUUUACGAUUGCGAACAUUAUAUUCUAUAUAAAUAUGUGAAAGUAAUGAUUGUUUUCAUAUAUCGCAAAUAGUAGAAAUCUGAUUGAUUUAACACUUAUUUUAUUAUAUACAUGUAUAUGCUGUAAGUCUUAAACUGGGUGUUCAAAUUUAAUUAUGAAUCCAGAAAUUAUGAGUAAAAUUAGGUUUUAAAUAACUGUCUGCAUUAUUGUCCACUAUCUCAAAAUUAAUUCCUCAGUAAUGUAUAUUAUUGAAAGGCAAAUUACACUUAAAGAUAUUCAAGUAAUGGUUGUUUGCAGUAGUACUACAUCACUGUUUUUUCCCUUUUAAAUGUAUGCCUAUACAUAGUAGCUACAGAACCUUCUGCUACACAUCUGUCCAAUAUUGUGCUAUUUAUUGUGUUUAGUGUUGUUACAACUUUAUUUAUUAUCUAUUCACAGUGACUCUGUAUAUUACCAGACAUGCUUGAGAUUUCUCCCAACGUUUCGGACAUAACAUGGCUUUUGCGAUUUAAUAUAUUAUAAUUGGUUGUCUGAAUUCACGACUAAUACCAUAUGCUCUCUUUUAUGUAAAUGCAAAGACGUAAGGUAGAUAAUUUUAUCGUACGUUCGUUUGAACGGAGUUUGAAACAAAGAAACUAAAAACUCGAAACACGUACUAAAAUUUUACUUGUAAUCUCAUUUUUAUAUGAUAGUUAAUCAAUAUAUUAUUAUUGAGCUCUCGUUUUAUCGAUCUUAGAUGAAGUGGACUGUAUAUGAUCGAAAUGUCUAAUAAUAUACAAUACUCAUUGGCUAUUUUACGUCUUUCAUAAAAAUCUCUCUGGGCAAGUUGGGUAUUGUAAGGUUUGGCCUAGGUUAGAUAAUAGGUAUAAGAUAUAGUACAAAAUAUAAUUAAUAUUUUGGAUGUAAUUGGCUUAUUUAAUAUUGAAUUGUCAACGAAAUGUAAUCCGAUGUAGUUAAUAUUCAUAUAGACAUUAAAUAUCAACAUUAGCAAUAAUGUAUUUAAA